AGAUCCAUGUAUUAAAAUGAAAUGCGGGUCCGGAAAGGAAUGUAUCAUCGAAACGGAGACAGGAGCUGCUAAAUGCCAAUGCAUCAGCGCCUGUGCUGAUAAUACGGAUGUUCGUCGGCGUGUCUGUUCCAACCACAACACAACCUGGCAGUCAGACUGUCAUCUGUUCAAACACCGGUGCACUUGUCUCGAAGGUCAAUCCAGUGAUUGUACUGAAGAGCACCGACACAUGCAUAUUGAUUACUACGGCGAAUGUCAACAACUGCCUGANUCUCACAUAAAUGAUUAGUGAAUGAU